AUGGUGUCAUCAUCGAUACUUGUCAGUACAAUUCUUCUCGUUUUCUUCUCUUCAACGAUAUUCUGCUCUGAGCAACGUAACGUCACAGCGUUAUUACACGAUUGUUAUGAAAAACAAAUUCAAAUGGAAUUUUUCGCUUCAAAUGUCUACUUAACAUUUGCUCAUCGAUUGGCUUACGAUGGUGUUUAUCACGGGUUCGCCGACUUCUUUUUCGAAUCAGCUGAGGAAGAAAGAGAACACGGAAAGAAGUUCUUAGAUUUUCAUAACGUGCGCAAUCACGUGUCACAUCUUAGAGAUAUUACAAUCAGUGAGGAGUUGGCAAGUGUUACCACUGUCAAUGAAAUGUUACGAAAAGCGAAAACAUUGGAAGACGACGUGUUCAAUAAUAUGCGCACGUUACAUGGAUACGCAGUCGAAGCUGGACAUUCGGAAACUGUACAUUUUAUCGAAAAAGUGACGCUCGAAGAGCAAACAAUAGCAGUCAAACAAAUGCAUGACUUAGUCAAACGUCUCGAUCAUAAUAACAAUUCGCCAAUUUUGUUGCAAAUGAUGGAUCAAGAUUUACGCAAGAAAAAAGUGAAACAGCCAUAA